UCAUGUUAGUAGUACCAGUCUGUACGCAGCUUGAAACAGACAUUGGUCGCUCAUACAUACAUUUUAUCAAACACCACGCGAGUGCCUUUACUAAGUAUUAUAUCUAAGAAUAAUUAGAAAAAAAUUAAAACCACUGAAACUUAUAUAACAACAUUAACGAUUUCAUUAUAAUUAUAACAUUAUCAAAGUAUUAUUAAGUGGAAGCAGAUUUAUUUAACUGUUUUAAAAAUGAGUGAAUUAAAAAACCACGUGGAUAAAAAUAUAAAUGACUACGACUACAUGAGAGGUCCUCCCCCUAAUCAAACUGGAUGGGAAAAAUUUCAUAAAUUUCUUUAUGAUUCUGAAAAUGGCACGGUAUUUGGAAAAACAGGAAAACAAUGGGGUAUCACUGGCCUUUUUUAUUUAGCUUUCUUGAGUGUUUUGGCUCUUUUAUUCUCUGUUUGUAUGGCAGGAUUGAUGGCAACAAUAGAUGAAGAAAAACCUAGAUGGACCUUACAUGAAAGUCUAAUUGGAAGUAGCCCAGGUCUUGGGUUCCGGCCAAUAUCCGAAAAUACCAAAGAAUUAGCAUUAAUAGUAUAUAAAGCAACAAAUGUUUCUCAAGUUGAAACAUGGGUUAAGCGUAUUGACGACUUUUUAGAAAAUUAUAAAAAUCGAUCCAGUCUUCCUAAUGGUGGGGAAAAUCAACAAAUAUGUAGUUAUGAACAUCCAUCCCUUAAACCUGGCCAUGUUUGUAAAGUAGACGUUGAUCAAUUUGGUCCCUGUUCCCCUGGAAACAGCUAUGGAUUUGACCAGUCUGCUCCUUGUAUUUUUAUUAAACUCAAUAAAAUUAUCGAUUGGGUUCCAGAAUACUAUGAUGCAGAUUCAGACUUUCCUGACACAAUGCCCAAAGAUUUAGUACAACAAAUAAAAUCAUAUAAUAAUACAGAAAAAUUAAAGACUGUUUGGGUAAGCUGUCAUGGAGAAAAUUCAAAAGAUGAAGAAGCAAUUAAAGGCCAAAUAAAAUAUUAUCCAGAAAAUGUUCAGGGCUUCCCUGGCUAUUAUUAUCCCUAUCGGUUUGUUCCUGACUAUCUUAGCCCUCUAGUAGCAGUACAAUUUUUGCGACCUCCACGAAAUGAAAUAAUCAGUGUGGAAUGCCGUGCUUGGGCCAAAAACAUAAAGCAUGACAAAAAAGACAAAUUGGGUAUGGUACAUUUCGAAAUAUUGAUUGAUGGUUAGUUUUAAUAAUUGUUAUUUAGAAAUACUAUGAUUAUUGUCUUUAAUAUAUUUUCAUGAAUCGUGAUUGACAAGAACACUUAUCAAUAAGACUGGAUAGCCUUGUAAAACUUAUAAAAUAAAACUUUAUAUUUUUCAAUGAAAGAUACAACUUACUGUACUUAUAUACACAAAAUG